AUGUUUUUCAAGUAAGAAAUUGUAUAUAGUUAGCUUUGCUCGUUUUUUCACUUAGCAAUAACAAUUAGAUAGUUGUUUGAACAACCCUGAUUGCGAUUUGGAAACGAUAUUAUCAACUGAUGGAAUUUUACAGGAAAUAAAAGGUUUAGGAGCUACCAAGUUUGCUGAUCAGUAUUAAUUUAAGCAUAUUCGUAGUGUCAUUAAGCAUCCAGAAAUGUAUUAAAAAAUGAUCAAUUACAUUAUUUAAUUUGAAGAUGAACUUAUUGAUAAGAGAACUCAAAUUUAGUAAUUUCUUAAUUAUACUCUUAGAUACCCUUUUCUAACAAGUGAGAUCUUAGGUAGUUAAAAUUAGAAGCUGAUUGAUUACUUAUUCGAAUGUCCCGAAGAAGAAAUUUAAAAUGAAAAUUUAUAAAUACGCCAAGGAUUAUACAACUAACUCCUGUCUUUCUUAGAAAAUGACAUCCUGAAUGUUACUUCAGCAGGAUAUUUUGCAAAGGCAUUCAUAGCAAUAAUAAAGAAGAGAGGCUUCGACGUAUGAUAUUUUAAAUAUUUAGGUUUGGGCAACGAUCGUCAAAAACAGAGCAAUACUCUCAAACCUCAUAAAGCACAUUGAUAUCAAGCACAUCGCAGAAAUAAUAGAAAAGUUAAUCAUUUUGGACACGUCCCAAGAAAAUUACGAAGAGAAAUUCCUAGAGGAAAGGAAGGAAUUAUUGGAAAGAAUAAUUAAAUUAUUAAAACACAAAUCUUAUAACACAGAGAUAGUGGAUAAUGUUUGCGACAUAUUGAUUGAGAUUACAACGAAGAGCAUGAGCUCCUUGUAUUAUAACAAUGGGGAGAUCAUACCUUUCAUCGAUAUCAUCAAGAAACCUGAAUUAUUCCUGAAAAUCGCCUUGUAAACAUAGCGUAUAGGCCCAUAUCAAUUGCUAAUCAAUUUGGUAGAGAUGUAAUCAAAAGAAACCAAAAAGGAAGAUGAUGAUGAAGUUGUUCAUAAUUUAGAGAAGGAUUAUUCAAUUUUUGAAUCGAUUCUACCUGAAUUGCCUCCAAACCUGUUGAAUCAAGAUUAUCACACCAGCAACUUCAUUAAUUCUAAUAGAUCAUCCAUUCAACCUUUUGGAUUAGCAAGAAUGCAUUUACUCAAACUUAUUCAAGUUCUUGUUCAGUAUUCAAUUUAUUCAUAUAUUAAGAACAAAUGAUUAAAAAAUUAUCAAGAUUCUAAUACAUUACGGACUAAUUGAAGCAUUGUAAGCUAUCAUUCUGAAGUAUGAAUCAAACAAUCAAAUACAUGCUUGUUGUGAUAAAAUACUUAGGGCAAUUAUCGAUCUUAAUUAAGAUGAUUUCACUCUAGAUGUAAAGUAUUUUUAAUUCUUUCAAUAGGUUUUUGAAAAUAAUAAUCUUCUAAAUUACAUUGUUUAAAAUCACAAUCUUGAAAAUUCUAAGAAAGGUUUCAUUGGAUUCUUGACUUCCAUCUCUAAUUAUCUUGAAGAUAAGGGCAAAUAAAACAGUAAAAUUCUAAAGAUCCUUCGCAUGAGUAUAGUUUGAUUCAAUCAUUAUAGAUGAACAAUGGUAGGUAUUUGCAGACAACAUCUUAAAUUCUGUGAAUUCCAAAGAGAAACCCUUUUUGUGUAAUGCCAAUCCAAGACCAAGUUAGGAGCCUGAUGUUCUUGAUGAACAAGAAACUGACAAUAUCUUGAACAUUUUAAGAGUAUGCACAUUAAUAUAACCAAUUAGAAAUUUAACAAUAAUUUCUAGAAGAAUGACAAACAUGUUGGAAGUAAUGAGAAUGGAGAGGGUGUCUAAAGGAAUACCGAAGUGUUGAAUGAAUUUGAAUAGGAUUAAUAGGAGGAAACUACUGAAGAAGAAGUUGUUUAAGAAGAAUUGGAAUAAUAAAAUGAUGAUGAUUAGAAUGAAGAAGAUGAAUAAAUUAAUUAGGAAUAUAAUUAGAGUAAUUACUGGAGAUUGGAUCCAAGUGAGAAAGAAGCUAAAGAAUUGUUGGAUAAUUUUGAAUGA